AUGAGAGAAAGCCCGGACAAAUCGCUGGGUCAAGCCGCAAUCGCCAUCAGCGACGCCAGCCUCCCCAUCGACAUGAACUUCGCUUCCUUCACCCCCAACUCGGAGAUGUCAACUCUGUCGCCAAUCAGCUUUCUAGAUGGACUGAACAAGAAGGAAAGGAAGCGAAGGAGAAUCAUAGGCAACCACGACAACACUCUGGAUGGUCUUGUGGCUAAACGGAUUGAUUUGGGGCCAGAUACAAAACGGUACCAGACAGAGAAUGAGGCCAUCGAACUGCCGAACGAUGAGAUGGAAAUGAAGGUGGGUUUGGGCUUUGAAGGUCAUAAAAAUGGCUUUAAAAUUGAUUUUUUUUUUAGUUUUUAAAGCUAAAAUUGAUUUUUUGAAAUAAAAAAGUCUUGUCGCCAAUUUACAUUAAGUUCUACCUUGAAAAACGACAAGACUUUUUGAACCCUCUUAACCUUUUUGAAAAAUUUUAUAAGUAAACUUGUAAGCUUAGGAAUUAAAAAUUUAACUCAAAUUUUAAUGUUUUAACUUUAGUUUAGGCCUAAAUAUUUAAAAUCAGAUUCAAAAAUUGAAAUUUGACCCAAAAAAUCCAUUUUUCUUAUAAAAUUUUCGUUUUCAGCGCCUCGAAACAGACCCAGAUGUAUCAACGAGAAUGUGCUCCAUCUGUGGCUAUCAAGGCAAAUGGGUCUCCGAGAUGGUACGACACAAGAGAGUACACACGAACGAACGACCAUUCAAAUGCAAGUACUGUAGUCGGACCAGCAAAUGGAAGGCCGAUCUGAUUCGGCAUGUUGCCAGUAAGUUUACUCGGUUUACCUUGGAGAUCUUAGUUUGUCAAGAAAAAAAAUUUUUGGGGGUGAAUUACCCCGCCCAGAAAUUUUUUUUGAACGGGCUUGGUACUCCAUGCCAAUACUAUCAAAAAAAUGACCUAUCCCACCCUACCCUAAUCUACCCUACGUUACCCCGCCCUACCCUAAUCUACCCUACUUUACCUUACAUUACCCAUCCCAAAAAACACACCCCCCCCCCGCCUCUUCUUGGGAAAUAACUGCCAUUUUCACAUUUUGUAAAAAUACAGUAUCCUUUUCUUUCAAAAAAGUAAUAUCUUCCCGAAAUAUAAAAUUACAUCCCAGUAAACCCUAGAAUACGAUCAUAUCAUGGGUUUCUUUGUACAUUACAACUUCGUAUCAGAAGUUACAAUUUCAAACUUUGAGUGUAAAAUACAAUUAACAUUGCCAUUUACAGAAACCCAUGGUAUUCGUGUCGUGUCAAAGUACAGCCGCUCCAAAGCCUUCGAAACCCAAACCGACCAGGACAGUCGACCAAAGGAUGAGAAUAACAAUAAGGUAAGGGUUGAUGUGAUUAGGAAUUCAUUCAGAAAAAUGGAAAUUUGUUGUAAUACCAUGUUUAUUCUUUAAUUAAAAUUUUAAAACAAGUAUUUUACAAAAAAAUUUUUAAAUAGCAAAAACUUGAGUUACAGCCUUUGUAAAGGGCCAAUACAUCUUCUAUUGAGUCGUUCAAAUAAUUCUGAGCCUCCUAGCCCCAAAAAUUUGCUUUGAGAGGAAGCACAGAAUUAUUUAAACCACCUGAUAUUAUGUUUUAACAGAGUCUUGUCCUUUAAAAAUAGAAGAAAAAGUUUUGUCGUUUUUAUGCAUGAAAAACAAUGUAAAUUGACGACAAGACUUUUAAACCAUUAUUAUAAAUGGUAAAAUCUUUAGUUUCGUCUUUUUCUAACUUAUAUAGCUAAUUUAAUAUCAAAAACCAGUAAAAAUUGCUAAAAUUUCAGGUCGAAAAGUCUUGUCGUUAAUUUACAUUGUUUUCCACGUAUAAAAACGGCAAGACGUCUUUUUGCCACUUUAAUAUAAACUUUUUUUUGUUAUAAGCCUAAAGGUUGUUCAAAUAAUGCUGCGCCCCCUCCCAAAGCAAAUUUUCGAAACUAGGGGCACAGAAUUAUGUGAACAACUUAAUAGCUUAUUUUAGUCAAAAUGCCAUCAUAAUGUACAUAUAGUAGUAGAUAUUGUUAGAUUUGUAUCAUAUUGUUGUAGUUCCGUCUCUAUUAAUUGUAAAACGAGACAAAAUACAAUUUCGCAAUUGUUCCAAAGACUUUUGAAAUCGCCUUAAACAACUUUUACAAUUACUGGAAGUCGUGGUUGUAAACGUGAUUUGGAUUUCAAAAGGGUUUUGAGCUGAAAAACAGUGCUUUAGGGCUUGGAGCGGGACAAGUUUUUAAAAUUUUUCUAUUUCUUUAGAGACUUUGUUACCUAAAAUUGACUGUUUUUUAGAAAUAAUAGGUAAAAUACGCCUUUUUCUUGAAAAAUAUUACCUAAAAUACGCCUUUUUUUGUAGAAUAUUACCUAAUUUACGUCCUUUUCGUGAAGAAUAUUACCUAAAAUACACUUUUUUUAAAGAAUAUUACCUAAAACAAGCAGAUUUUUUAAAAAUAUUGUUUAAAAUUCACUAAUUUUCCUAAACUAUUACCUAAAAAUAGUCAAAAAGCCAAAUUAAAACCUUAUUUUUUGUCCUAAAAUGCUCUAAACAACUUAAUAAUGAAAAUAAUAAACAAAAUUUACCUACCAAUGCCAAUAUUAAUCACCACCCAUUUCAGCCGGCCUUCUUGUUCCCCUCACCCCUCCAAUCUUCACCAUCCUCAACCUCCACCGUUUCGCCAAUCUCGACCUCGGCCCCAUUCUACAAGUGCCAAACCUGCUUCUUCGAAGCCGAAUCCAUGGACGGAAUGCAGAUUCAUUUGGAGGAACGGCACGAUCAGCUACCGUUCGACUGCAGAUCGUGUCGGACGAGCUUCAAGGACAUACGUGAGGUGUCGGCCCACUUCCUUCAGCCUGAAAACAAGUGUAGCGCCGUCUCCAUGAAGCUAAACUUCUGCAUUAGCGAGUUCUCGAAGCCUCAGAAUCCGCUGACGGUGUCGACUUCGGUGCAUUCGGAAAACGCUUCGACUUCUGGAGUAUCGUGCCUGACUUCAGGGGUUUCGAGCUUGAAUUCUGGAAUUUCUAGCCUGAAUUCUGGAGUGUCAUCGUUGACUUCGGGUGUAUCGUCAUUAACUUCUGGCCUAUCAUUAAAUGCACUAGCUUCUGGAUUGCCUUCUGGCCUAUCGUCACUCGUGACUUCAUCGUCGAAUGGGAUUCUGAGUUCAUCGGCUUCGUCAGGAGUCUCCAGCUGCGCUUCAAGUGAUCUGGAAUCGAAACGUGAGCACAAUUGCAGCGACUGUGCCUUCCAUUCGCCUUCGGAAGACCAAUUCGAACAACAUAGACUAGGCCACGAGCCUCCACGAGGUCUGUUUACCUACAAGUGUCUGUUCUGCUCCUGGAACUCGAAGAAGAAGACCUCCAUGGAGAAGCACCUGACCGUCCACACCGCCAAUCCAGCCCAGUUCAUGCCUCAGAUCGAGAAGAACUUCUUGGCUCCAGUAUCACAGCCAGUACCAGUUCAAGGUGGUCAACCAGCUAGCCAGCCAUCAGCACUGCAAUGUCUACAACAAUUGUCACAAAACCAACUGUUCGGAGCGACGGCGCCACAACUUUCACUGCCUUCUGAAGGCUUCAACACCUUAGGGCUUCUGUCGACGCUCUAUCAACAACGACAGUUCCCACAGGCUUUGAUUGGGUCUGUUCCGACCAGUGGCAAUCUCAAUAUCAAUGCUUUUAAGGAUGUAAGUGAUUUGGAGUACUGUAAAGAAAAUUUGUACAUUUUCGCUUACUGUAAAGAAAGUUAUUGCAGUUUUCAGUAACAUACCCAACGUUUUCCUUACAAUACUCUGCUUAUUACCUGAAUAAAAUGCCUUAAACUUCUAUUAUCCAUGUUCCAGAUGCCAGCCAACCCCCUAAUGGCCUUCGGACUGUGCUCUCUACUCAGUAACCUCUCCAAAUCACAAACAGCCGUCUCUCCUUCAAUCAACAACGGCCAGUCCGUCUCGUCCAGUCCACUGACUGCGUCUUCCUUCGAACAAUUCUAG